GCUCGGAGCAGGAACGGGAUUGCUGCCGCUUGCUGGGGACAUGGCCCCUUUUGGAACGAGGACGCCGCCUACUAGAGGGCAUGACAAGCAGACUUUGAGCUGGGCCAGGCGAAGUGGGUUUCCAUUUAACUUAUAAUGGACAUUGAGGACGGGUUUGAGAGUGUGAGGGAUGUGUUUGGCAGCACAGAUCUGCUGGCGCACAUCCUGCACUUUCUGGACGAGCCGGUGGAUAAGGACGCAGCGUGCAGGGUUAACAAAAGCUGGCUGCAUGCAUUUCAGAGUGUCCCACAGCGACUCGCUUUCAGGCGAGUGGAAGAUGCGCAGCAGCCCCGCUGGCGAGACAGCAUUGUGGUGUCCCUGGCGAUCAUGCUUGGCAGAGACAGUCUCACAGAGGAGGCCUUGAAGCUUGCAAGCCAGCAGUUCCCACAGUCCUUGCAGAGGUUGACCCUGUGGAGUGCGCUUCCGUCUGGCGCCAGCUGUCAGCUGGGGCUUAUAGCGCAGUGUAGAAAUUUGGUGACACUCUCGCUACACCAAGUCAUAGUGGCGGAGCCUGUGGAUCUUGGGCCAGUGUUUCAGGCCUGCAAGCAGCUGGAGAAAGUCUGCAUAACUUACGAGGCCUUCCCCACGAACCCCUGGUUUCAGAGAGACGGUCGGGGCUUCCGAGACGACCAGUCUGGCCUCGUUUGGCAAGUGCUGACGGACAACGACAUUGAAGACUUGGUCGUAAAUUGCCCGAGGCUGCGUCAUCUCGAACUUCAAGACUGUCGCGCGGUUGGCGACAGCGGAGUGUCCGCCCUGCAGAAAGCAACGAACUUGAGGACACUUUCUCUGGUGGGCGCUUUCCAAUUUUCUUUUCCGGGUCUCGCUAGCGUGGGCGAGUGUUUGUCACUCGAGGAGGUCACGCUGGACCUGAGGCCACCCAAGCCCGAGCCGGGGACAAACAUGGGCCGGGCUCGCCUUGUGAACACACGAUUCGAUGUCACGCAGACGCUAAACAAGCUCGUUGGGUGUCCAAGAUUGAAGCGGCUGCGGCUAGGCAGGUUUGUCCGAUCACGAGGGCUGCCGAGUAUCUGGUUUUCGCUCGAGGUCUUGGAAGCGCAUCUGGAGCUGCUCUCCAGUAACGUCGGCAGUCUCAGAGCACUUGCGGGUCAUUGCCGAACGCUCCGUGUGUUUAAAAUCCAGUCCGACUCGCAAGGAGCCCCUUCGGACAGCGAAGGGGCUGAGGUCCUGAAACGGAUUGGUUGGGCGUGCCCGCCAAACUUGGAAAAAGUCUCUGUACAGUGCAAUAAAGUCGAUCCCUCAGCUGUGGAGGCUUUAAGCAAUUGCCCAAACUUGGCAAGUCUCGAGAUCGCUUCGACGGCAAUCACGAGCAAGGGCAUAGCGUACCUUGCUGCAAGGACACGCAGAAUCACGGAGCUCUCCCUCGCAUCUAGCCAGCCAGUGAGGGGAGUGUCGGACGAGGGAGUCCAAGCCAUUGCCCAAGCGGCUCCGUCGCUGCGGCGCUUGAACCUUACUAGGUGUACUUCGCUGAGCGACAUUGGCUUUGCGUCGUUAGCAACUUGUUCCAAGCUGGAGACCCUCAAUCUGAGCUACACGGCCAUUGGCGACGUGGGACUGGUUGCCCUGAUCAAGUCGCUACCUGGAUUGACCGAGAUCAUCCUGGAGAGUUGCCACAACAUCACUAAUCUAACUCCGCUGGCCUGGUUAGGGAGUCUGGAGAUUCUCGGCUUACAACGAUGCGAGAAUGCGGUAACUGACGACCUGAUAGAGGAGCUGGUGCUUGAGUGUAGAAAGUUACGGACGCUGUACCUCGAUGGGUGCAAAAGGCUUACUGAAGGUGUUUACGUGUCCUUGGCCGAGUCGAGAAGUAUCAGUGUUUUGACAUUAAGAGACUGCGAGGCUGUCGAGACAGCUUUGAUGGUCCUAGCGACGAACUCAAUUGGCUGGCUUACUAAGGUGACCGUAUCUCCCACGGUGCCAAGUUGUCAGGGUGCGCAACUUCUUAGAGAACGGGGGGUCCUCGAUGUUCGGUCCUAGCUUGAAAACGAGACGAGACAAGAGGAGAAACUUGACGUUUUUCUUCUCAAGCGUCAACUCGUCUACGUUGUUCAGUGCAUUUGUGGCCCACUUCUGUACCAUGUUGCAAGCAACCUAGCAGAUGCGCACCUGAAAGUACAGCCUGUCAUGGCCUUUUGCCAAGUGGAACUUUCAACAUUUUUCAGGCCCUUGUUAGACCGAAC